AUGUCUUCUGCACCCCCACCGAAUCCCAACUCAGACUCUAAUGCAUCGGAUAAUAAACAGGAUGCUCAGAUGACUUCGGCAACGGCGGAGGGCACCAAGAGGAAACUCAGGCGGCUGAAGUGGAGGCUCCAGUUAAUUGAUAACGAUAUCAAGGUCAUGCGCUCUGAGACUCUACGGCUGAACCAUGAGCACGCGACUAUGCGAGAGAAGAUUCGGGAUAACGGGGAGAAGAUUAAACAGAACAAAGUGCUGCCAUAUCUUGUUGGGAAUGUUGUUGAGAUUUUGGACGUAGAUCCAGAAGUAGAGGAGGAUGGCGCAAACCAAGAUUUGGACUCUAUGCGGAGCGGGAAAUGCGCAGUUAUCAAAACAUCGACAAGACAGACCAUUUUCCUGCCUCUCAUUGGUCUUGUUCCUGCAUCACAACUUAAACCUGGAGAUCUCAUUGGAGUUAACAAAGACUCGUACCUCGUUCUUGAUACGCUCCCAGCCGAGUACGACUCGCGUGUAAAGGCUAUGGAAGUUGACGAGCGCCCAACUGAAACCUACACCGAUAUCGGAGGUCUAGACAAGCAGAUUGAAGAGCUUGUAGAAGCUAUUGUACUGCCCAUGCAACAGGCCGAUAAAUUCAAAACGUUGGGAAUUCGGCCACCAAAAGGAGCAUUGAUGUACGGUCCCCCAGGGACUGGAAAGACACUGCUUGCGCGUGCUUGUGCUGCUCAGACUAAUGCUUGCUACCUCAAGUUGGCAGGACCAUCGCUAGUGCAAAUGUUUAUUGGUGAUGGUGCCAAACUCGUGAGAGAUGCGUUUGAAUUGGCCAAGGAGAAGGCACCAGCCAUCAUUUUCAUUGAUGAACUAGACGCAAUUGGCACAAAGCGGUUUGAUUCAGACAAGAGCGGUGACCGUGAAGUGCAGCGAACCAUGUUGGAAUUGCUGAAUCAGCUCGACGGUUUUAGUAGCGAUGAACGUAUCAAGGUAAUUGCCGCGACCAAUCGUAUUGAUAUCCUCGAUCCUGCAUUGCUGCGUUCUGGUCGCCUUGAUCGCAAGAUAGAAUUCCCGCUACCUAACGAAUCUGCACGUGCCCGUAUCCUGGAGAUCCACUCGCGAAAGAUGAACGUAGGGCCCGGUGUGAAUUUUGAAGAACUGGCACGUAGCACGGACGAGUUUAACGGCGCUCAGCUCAAGGCCGUUUGCGUCGAGGCGGGAAUGAUCGCGCUUCGCGAAGGCGCCACGCAGCUUAACCACGAACAUUUCCAUAGUGGAAUCGCAGAAGUUCAGAGCAAAAAGAAGAACGAGCUUCAGUAUUUUGCAUAG